AUGAUACCUCUAUUAGAAAAUGAAGACUUGGCUUGUUUUUACGUAACCAAGCAUUCACCUUGGAAAGGAAAGUACAAACGAGUGUUUUCUGUUGGGUCGUUUGGAGUCACAACUUAUAAUCCAUCAUCUUUAGAAGUUACUAACAAAUGGUUAUAUUCUGAAUUAGUAGAUAUUCAACCAGCCUCUAGCGCGAACCGUACGGAAUUUAUUUUAACUUUUAAAAAAGACAAAAAAAUUGAUUCUAUGAGAUUUUCCACAGAAUGCAGGUCUUCACUUCUAACAAGUGUCUUAGCCUGUAAAUACAUGUUUUCUGAUAAGCCUAAAGAUAUUUUGAAAUGUCAAUCUUACAAGCAUCAUUGGUCUGAUACAAAGUUGCCUGUAGUGUUAGAAGUAACAGCUUCUUCAUUGAAUCAACUGGAUCCAGCUACUAAUGUGGUUCUUGCUUCUUAUUCAUAUAUUGAUAUAAAGGGAUUUUCUGAAGUAAAAGAUUAUCCUGGAGGUUUUGUAAUAAUCUGUGAAGAGUUUAGUAGAAUGCAUCUUUUUUCCUGUGAUAAUUUAAUAGAACUCAAAUCCAAAAUUCUAGAAUCUGCCAGUAAUAUUGGAGUUACAAUCAGGGUCAUAAAAGAACCUGUUACAAUUCAAGAAUUUAAUAAUCAAAGACUUGGAAAUUACAGUGGAGAUGAACAUAUUACUUCUAUUAGUGAGUUUUCUGUCCAUAAAAUUAGUCACAGGCAUCAAGAUGCUCAAAGAAGAAUUUUGUGCCUUACGGAAUCAUGCAUUUUGGAAAGAGAUCCUCAGACUUACAGUGUUUGCACUCUUAGACCAUUAAGUGAUGUAUUUGCUUUAAUUCGUAACAAAGAUAAUCCACAGCUUUUUUCAAUUGAAUAUGUAAAUGGUGAUUCCAGAAAUUAUACUACUUCUGAUAGAGAUUCCUUAUUAGCGACCUUACUUGAUGCUGUGAGGGGGUCAGGAAACCACGAUGUACACGUGAAAAUGCAAAGUACCAGUCGAGGAAAACGAUGGGGUCCCUUAAUACAACCCUUGGAACAGGAAGUAGAAUCAUUGCAUUUAAAAUUUUUUCAGCAACGACCCGGAAACAGAAGUCUUAAUGAAAUAAUAGACCGUUUUAAUGCAAAUGUACCGUAUAGUGGUUUAAUUCAUUCUGUUACUCAAGAAGGAAUUUUUGCUGAAAAUAAAGAAAAAUUAAUUAACAACGCAAUUCAAGCCUUGUCAAAUGAAGAUUCUGAAGCUACGAAUUGUUCUAAUAAAGAAUUAGAGGCUCAGUUUCAUGCCUUACGUCGAUUAUUCGCAUCUAAAAUUGGAUUUACUGCAUUUACUGUUAUGCAGGGGCUAAAAGAAAAUAUUGGAAAGAAGGUUAUUAGUGCAUUAAGGAGAAAUGAUGAUAAUGUCACGCAUGCUGCCAUUGACAUGAUAUGUUGUUUAAUGCAUCCAAUGCAUUACGAUUAUGAAAUCAGGCAAGAACAAAUUAAUAAAGCUUCAAUAUUGUCUAAUAAAGUAUUUCUUAGCAAACUUUUAGACAUGUGGAUUACGCACAUUAAUCGGGGAACUGCAGCGUUGGUAGUAUCAUCUUUAUUAGAUUUUUUAACUUUUGCGCUUUGCAUUCCGUACAGCGAAACAACUGACGGUAAAGAUUUUGAUAAUUUAUUAAGAAUGGUUGCUGAAAGAGGUCGUCCAAUAUUUAAAUUGUUUCAGCACACGUCUUUAGCUGUGGUAAAAGGAGCAGGUUUGGUGAUGAGGGCAUUAAUAGAAGAAGGGGAAUCAUCGAUAGCUUUAAAAAUGCAAAAUCUUGCACUAUCAGAAGGAGCUUUACCGAAACAUUUAUUAACUUCUUUAUUUACUCAAGGUUCCGAUAGUAGACUGUUAGCUCAUCGAAAAUUAUCUAGGCAUUUAGUAGGAUUAUGGGUUAAUGAUCAUUCCAUAUCAAUGGCCUUGCUCAAACCCUCCAGGCCUAUUAUACUAUUUAAACUCAACAGAAAAAGUACCAGAAUCUGUUCUUAA